CUUUAAAAGGCUGGCUGUGUCUCACAGAUGCACUUGUAAACACUUUAACCUCUCUGCCACACGCACUUCCCCUUGCAGUUUCAAUCAAUAUAUGGAAAUGGAGGACCAAGUGGCAAGCAAGAAGAGAAGAGACAUAAGCAAAGAAGACUUAGUAUCGGAACGGACGGGUUCUUUGGGCUGUAUUGGUUGGUUCAUCGUGAUAAUCUCUGGUAUCUUUGUGAUUGCUUUAUUUCCCAUCACCAUCUGGUUUUGUAUCAAGAUUGUUCAGGAGUACGAGCGUGCCGUCAUCUUCAGGCUGGGCCGCAUCACAGACAGAAAGGCUAAAGGACCAGGAAUUUUCUUUAUUUUGCCUUGCACUGAUACUUUUGUGAAAGUGGAUCUGCGGACAGUUUCAUUUGACAUCCCACCACAAGAGAUCCUGACCAAAGAUUCAGUUACUGUGUGUGUGGAUGGCGUGGUUUACUUCCGAGUGAACGAUCCCAUCUCGUCCGUGGCCAACGUAUCUAACGCCGACUUUGCCACUCGUCUGCUGGCUCAGACCACCCUCAGAAAUGUGCUGGGAACCAAGAACCUGGCUGAGCUGUUGUCUGACCGUGAGGGCAUCGCCCACAGCAUGCAGACGAGCCUGGAUGAAGCCACAGACCACUGGGGCAUCAAAGUGGAACGUGUGGAGAUUAAAGAUGUGAAGCUGCCAAUUCAGCUGCAGAGAGCCAUGGCUGCCGAAGCAGAGGCUGCACGAGAGGCCAGAGCAAAGGUGAUUGCAGCAGAAGGGGAGAUGAACGCGUCUCGUGCCCUGAAGGAGGCGUCCCUGGUGAUUGCAGAGUCUCCGUCAGCUCUGCAGCUUCGCUACCUGCAGACCCUCAACACCAUCGCAGCAGAGAAGAACUCCACCAUCAUCUUCCCACUGCCCAUGGACGUCAUGGCUCACUUCAUGCGGAAGUGACAGCUCAGUUUGCUCAUUUUCUAAAGAUACUAUUAAAAAAAUAUGAUUGGAUCAACAUACUAUUUGGUGUCAAAUUGUAAA